AUGUCUAAUGGAAAGUAUGCAAAGAAGCGCCAUCAUCACAGAGUUUUAGAUCAGAAGAAAGCCAAACGAACCAGAUGUAGAGCAACAGACGUUGAUCAGAUUUCAGCAAAUAUCAUUAAAGCCACACCAGCACUAGUCAAACAGCUGGAGAAACGUGAUUAUGAUAAAGUUGGCAAGGGUGAACAUUUCUGUAUGCCAUGUGACAGAUAUUUUAUGAAUCCUGGAGAUCUGGUAAGGCACGAAAGAUCCAAACCUCACAAAAAGCGUAUUAAAUACCUAUCAGAACCACAGUACUCACAUGCUGAAGCUGACAAGGCUGCUGGAUUAGGAAGUUAUACCACACCCGAAGCUCCAGUGUAUCCUAUUCAUUUAGGUCUGAUGACUACUCAACAUAAAGAUCAGGUCCAAGAAUUACAAAACCAGUUGGAGUCAUCUACUGUUAUGAACUAA